UACCGUCCUGCUGCCAUGUUGGAUUGAAGGAUCGUUAUUGCUUUAGGAGUUCGGAAUGAAAGUUUAUAUCAUGCAGUCUGUCAAACGUGAACGAAUUAAAGAAUAAAUAAGCCACAGGAGUUAACGAGUCGCACCUGCAUCGCCCGCGCAUUGAGGACAACACUACAUCGGCUCUACAUGUAUGCGGAAUUCCUUACGGGAUGAACGGAGCGCAGGCCAUGUUGAUCUGUGAUUGCACAUAAAAUAAUCUAACAGGAGACAAACGCUCAAAUUCAAACGCCUCAUCCGUCAACAUGAGCGGCCACCCGCCCCAUAGGAGGGUGGCAAACGUGGGCUCUCUGCUUCUGACCCCGCAGGAGAACGAGUGUCUGUUCAACUACCUGGGCAGGAAAUGCAUCACAUUGUGCUCAGCGGUGGUCCAGGUGUACGGGGCAGACAGGGGCUCGUCCUGGUACAAGAGGUGCUGUGGUGUGGCCUGUUUGGUGAAAGACAACCCUCAGAGGUCUUAUUUUAUCCGUGUCUUUGAUAUCAAGGAUGGAAAAGCAAAGUUUGAGCAGGAGCUCUACAAUAAUUUCAUGGUCAUUUGUUCGAGAGCCUACUUCAUUACCUUUGCCGGAGAUUCUUGUCAGAUGGGCCUCAACUUUGCCAGUGAAGAGGAAGCUAAACGAUUUCGGAGUGCACUCAACGAACUGCUCAACAGACGACAGAGGAAAACUGAGAAAAGGCGUGACCCACCAAAUGGACCCACUCUCCUGAUGGCAACGGUGGACAUCAAGAAUCCCGAGAUAAACAACAAACUUAUUGUGUCCCAUAAGAAUAACAUGGUGCACAGUGGCCUUAACAAGAAGAAAAAGAAGGGCAAGGGCAGUCGGAAGUUGACAAAGGCUGACAUUGGGACACCAAGCAACUUCCAGCACAUCGGUCAUGUAGGAUGGGAUCCGAACACAGGCUUCGAUUUGAAUAAUUUGGACCCAGAGCUGAAGAACCUGUUUGACAUGUGUGGCAUCUCUGAGGCCCAGCUCAAAGACAAGGAGACGUCUAAGGUCAUCUACGACUUCAUUGAGAAGAAGGGCGGCGUAGAGGCUGUGAAGAAUGAGCUGAGGAGACAAGGUGAGACUGAUCGCUGUCAGACUCUCUGCACUGAACACCUGCCAGUUGUGGCAUCAUCAUAUACACAUGUCAGUCCAUCAACCAUCCACUGUCAGAAAAAAAUGCCCAAAACUUCCCCUAACUAUCUUAAGUCGCUGGGGUAUAUUGCUCCUGAUAUGGAUGGAGGCCACGGUGAAUCAACGCCCUCGCCCAAGGGCGGGAAGUCAGCUCUGCUGGAGCAAAUCAGGGAGGGCACUCACUUAAAGAAAGUGGAGCAAAACAACAGGCCAGUGUCGUCAAUAGGACGUGACGCGCUACUCGACCAGAUCCGACAGGGCAUCCAGCUCAAAACGGUAUCAGAUAAUGACUCGGGACCACCCACCCCUGCUCAGUCAGCAGGCAUUGUUGGAGCUCUGAUGGAGGUGAUGCAAAAGAGGAGCAAAGCCAUCCACUCCUCAGAUGAAGAUGAGGAUGAUGAGGAUGAUGAAGACUUUGAGGAUGAUGACGAAUGGGAUGAUUAAUCCCGCAACACUAACCCCAACCAGUAGAGUAAAUUAUACUAAAUUGUCACUUCCCCAAAUUUUACACCCAUUCUGUGUAUGAUUUUUCUUUUCCAAAUCGCUGUAUAUUUUUUUGCCUUUUUGCUUUUUUUUUUGUUUUUUUUAUAUUCUGUGCAAUACCUCAUGUAAUCUGUAAAGUACUGUCAUUUAUCCUCUGUAAAAUAAUCUCCUGGAAUAACCAUGUGAAGUUUUAUGCCAGGAUUCAUGAUUUGUUGGCCUGAAUGUUUUUGUUCCCCUGUGAGUGGGGAAAGGGAGAUGGACGGGACGCUCGAUGUCCUUAUUAAUUGUUGAUUAAUGAUUUAGAUAACACUAUUUUCAUACCCUACUUUUCUGUACCUUCGAUUUUCUUAUUCAAAUCCUAGUUUCGCAUUCUUGGAUUUGGUAAGAGGUUCUCCUAUCAGAAUAUGUAUGUGCCCUGUAUUGUUUCCCUUGUAAAUGUACACUUGGCUGAUAUAUUGAGGCUAUAUAUAUUUUUGCACGAAUAACAAAAGGAAAUUCACUGCAGGAUGAGAACACAUUGGCUGAACACUUUGAAUAUGAUUUCUGUGGUAAUCACGAUCAGCGUCACACUACAUUGCACAUCACAAAGUAGACCGUUCUGAGGUUUUGAUUUCACUUUAUUAACACGAAAAUAACAUACAGUAGAUUCAAACCGGCAAAGUCGUGAGUGCAGCUUGCUCCUGAAUGUGAAAAACCAUCAGUUCACAAAUACAGAAUUUCAGUCAUAUCAAGAAAAGAAAAA